CGUUUCACUUCCUUUGUAGCUUUGUUGUUGGCACAACCGGUUUCAUUUUUCUAUUGUUUAAUUGUUUUCUUUUUAAAAAAAAAAUUCCAAAUAAAGAGAAAACGUAACAAAUGGAACAAAAACAAAUUAAAUUCUUAUUUAAAUUAAACAAUAAAUUGUCAUAAAAAAUCGUACUCUCGAAAAUAGUCUGCUUUUUAUAUACAAAAAAAAAUAAUUUUUUUUUGGAGUAGAAAAAUCUGCGGGGCAGUAAAAAAAAGUGAAUACAAAAAUGUCGAAUCCUUGGGCAAGAGGUGCACCAAUGGGACGUGGACGAGGUCGAGGACGUCAACAAGAACAGCAACAGCAGCAGCAGCAGCAACAAAGGCAACAACCACCACAACAACAAAGGCAACAACCACCACAACAACAGCAGCAGCAACAACAGGCUCCAAGUCAAGCUUGGGGACGUAGUCCACUUGGACGUGGUGCUGGUCGCCAAAAUGUUCCCUCUGGACCAGCUCCUCAAACUCAGAGACCCGCAGAGAUAAAUGUUUCUCAGCUAGCUGCGGCUUUGCCAAAAGGAGAAGAUGCUCCAGGAGCUGGUGCAGUUGCCGCCGUAGGACGAGGUGCAAUGCGUGGACGCAGAAGAAUAAAUGAAUCGGAAGUGAUGCUUACUAGACCUACAGCGUGUGCCACUAAACAAGGAACUUAUGGAGGCAAAAUUCAAUUGCAAUCAAAUUAUUUCCAAUUGAUGACACAAACACAAAAUUGGAAUCUCUAUGAAUAUAGAGUUGAUUUUGCACCUCAAGAAGAUCGAACGGUGGUUCGUAAAGGUUUACUUAAACUCCAUCGUCCUAAAUUGGGUGCCUAUAUUUUUGAUGGUACCGUAAUGUACACGAGUUCCAAAUUAGUUCAGCCACCAAAUGAAUUGGAACUUUUUUCAAAAAGACAAUCGGACGAUGAAAAUAUUAAAAUAAACAUUCGAAUGGUUGGCGAAUUAAAGAAAGGCGAUUAUCAUUAUAUUUCGUUUUUCAAUAUUGUCAUGAGAAAAUGUCUCGAUCAUUUGCAAUUAAAAUUGGUUGGACGCAAUUUUUUCGAUCCAAAAAAUAAAAUUGAAGUAAGAACAGAAAAUUUAGUUAUCGAUUUAUGGCCUGGUUAUUUAACAUCAAUUCGUCAAUGUGAAUCCAAUAUUUUAAUGUGUUCUGAAAUUACACACAAAGUAAUGUUACAAAAAACUGUACUCAAUGUACUUGAGGAUUCGUUUGAAUUUAAUCGUCAAAAUUAUCAGGCACAUUUUUCACAACAAAUUUUAGGACAAAUUGUCCUUACCGAUUAUAAUAAUAAUCAUUAUCGUAUUGAUGAUAUUGAUUUUGAUACACGACCAUCGUCAACGUUUAAAUUGAAAAAUGGUGAUUCAAUAUCCUAUAAGGAAUAUUAUUCAAAAAAAUAUGGUCUUAGAAUUAAAAAUGAAUCGCAACCAAUGUUAGUGUCAAGAUCAAAACCAAAAGAUCGUCGAGCCGGACAGGCGGAAUUGAUUUAUCUUGUUCCUGAACUCUGUCGUUUAACAGGCUUAACUGACGAAAUGCGAUCAAAUUUCCGAAUAAUGAACGCAUUGGCGGAGCAUACAAAAUUAGAUCCACGUAGACGUAUUGAACGUUUAAAAUCAUUCAAUGCACGUUUAUUGCGCGAACCAAAUGUUGUCAAGGAAUUAAAAGAAUGGGGCUUAAAAUUGGAUAAUAAUUUAACCAAUGUAAAUGGACGUGUCAUUCCAAAGGAGCCAAUAAUCAUGGCCGAUGGAAAAGUUUGUAAUCCAACCGGUGGAAGUUGGGAUAAUGAUAUAAGAUCAAAUAAAAUGUUGGUCACGGCAAAUUUAAAAGAUUGGGUUGUCAUUGUACCCCAUCGAAUGAUGAACGAAUGCAAGGAUCUCGUUGGUUCAAUAAUAAAAGCGGCACGCGGUAUGCAAUUUCCAAUGACUGAGCCGCGUAUUCAAGAUAUGCAAAACGAUCGCAUAACAAGUUACACACAAGCAUUGGAACAUGUUAUGAGUAAAUCGAAUCCACAAAUGAUUCUUUGCAUGGUGCCAAAUAAUAAUGUUGAUUGUUAUUCGGCGAUAAAGAAAAAAUGUUGCGUCGAUCGUCCUGUAUUAUCACAAGUUGUAAUGAGACGAACAGUUUAUUCCAAGGGUAAACCAAAUUUAACUGCAGCGACAAAAAUUGCCAUUCAAAUGAAUUGUAAAUUAGGCGGUGCACCUUGGACAGUAAAUAUUCCCGAUGGUAAUAUUAUGGUCGCUGGUUUUGAUGUUUGUCACGAUAAAUCGGUGCGAGGACGUGAUUACGGUGCUCUUGUCUCGUCGCUAAAUAAAAAUUGUGGACGCUAUUUUAGUGCAGUGAGUGCGCACACAAAUGGUGAGGAAUUAUCAAAUACACUGUCGGUUGAUAUGGUGAAAGCUUGCCACAAAUAUAAAACAGUUAAUGGUGUAUUGCCAUCGACAAUUAUAUUUUAUCGCGAUGGUGUUGGCGAGGGACAAAUUCCAUUUGUUUUGGAAAUUGAAGUCAAUCAAAUUAAAGAUAAAUUAAAUGCAUUGUACGGCGAUGAAAGUAAAUAUCGAUUUGCAUUUAUUAUUGUCACAAAGAGAAUUAAUUCGCGAUUCUUUUAUGGUACACAAAAUGCGCCACCGGGAACAAUUGUCGAUGAUGUCGUGACAAAUCCUGCAAGAUACGAUUUCUUUUUAAUUUCACAAAGCGGUGGACGAGGAACAGUGACACCUUCUUCUUACAAUGUAAUUCACGAUACAACAAAUUGGGGACCCGAUCGAAUUCAAAGAAUCACUUAUAAAUUAACACAAAUGUAUUACAAUUUUUGUGGACCUGUAAAAGUACCAGCACCGUGUCAAUAUGCACAUAAAUUGUCGGCACUUGUUGGACAAGCAAUUCAUAAUCAACCGAGUACACAACUCGAGACACUUCUCUAUUAUUUGUAAAGAGAAAAUUCUCUUUCAACAAAAAAAAAAAAAAAAAUGUGCCUUUUUUCCUUUAUCGAGGAAGGAAAGAUUUUUUCUUUUUUUAAAUUUCUUCGAUUCGAUAUCAAAAUUAUUGAAUUUCAUUUAUUUUUCUUUAUAAGAAAAAUAUUUUUUUUUUCUCUUGAAAUUUCUGCGAUUUUAUCGCAAUUAUUAUUAUUAUUUUUUUUUACAAUUUAUUCUAUUUUUCUUUGUAAGAAAAAUAUUUUUUUUUGAAAUUUCUCCGAUUGUAAUCGGAAUUAUUUUUACAGUCGACGUAAUUUUUUUUUUAUUAUUUUUCUUUUUAAGAAAAAUAUUCUUUUCUGCGAUUGUAUUUCUUUUUUCUCUCAGGAGACAAUUAAUUUUUAUUGUACAUAAAUUUAUAAAUGUACA